GCGAUAUUCUGCUAUUUUUCCCAUCUUCGUGUGUUUAACAAGGAAUGCCUUCGAGCGCCUCUGGGAGUCCCGUUUCUUGUCACUGCAGCAGAGAUAGCUUCAUCGGUGUCACGGAUACGGAUUUCCCCCAACCCUUCAGCCGGCAGAGAAGGUGGGGAGGACCGGGGACAGGGUCAGUUGAUGAUUUCCUACAGCUGCUUUGGACUCUUGAGGACGCACAAGCAACAGUCACCGGAUCUUAUUUCUUUAAAGCAAGCCGAUGUGAGCCCAGCCACCGUCCAGCUCUGUCACCGUACCGUUGUCCUGCCGUGCCUGCAGCCCUCAGAUUGUGUUCUCCAUCGUUUCACGUUAGUGUCCAGAGCAAGUCCUGUCUGCACAGCGCCAGUCAGUGUUCUUCUGUGUUGCUGUAUUCUGAUGGAUCAAUAUGUCCACUACUAAUAAUAUCGCCCAGGCCAGGAAACUGGUGGAACAGCUGAGGAUCGAGGCAGGCAUUGAACGCAUCAAGGUUUCUAAAGCAGCAGCAGACCUGAUGAGCUACUGUGAGCAGCACGCUCGUAGCGACCCUCUGCUGGUCGGGGUGCCCACCUCUGAAAACCCUUUCAAGGACAAGAAGCCUUGCAUCAUCCUAUAGCUGCACCCUGCAUCUUUUUUCUUUACGCACACACACACACACACACAUACACACACACACACACACACACACACACACACACACACACACACACACA